AUGGGAGUCGAUCUCGACGACAUCAAACCAUCCUCCGGAACAUUAACCGGCUUCAACGGAUCCUCCGAAACAAUACUGGGAACAAUCCGCUUUCCGGUACGCGCAUGUGGAGUCACUCGGACUGUCAAGUUUGCCGUCAUAAGCACGAAGGCCCCUUACCACGCCAUACUCGGAACCCCCUGGAUACACUCAAUGCUGGCCAUUCCAUCCACUUAUCACCAGUGCGUCAAGUUCCCUGGUACGGACGGAAAAAUCAAAACACUGCAAGGAGAUCAAAAGGCCGCUAGGGAACUCCUAGUCGCCACAGUUAAACUCCAACGAUUGUCUUUAUCGGUUAACUCCGUCACUCCUCCAACCUAUAAAGUCUGCUCCCACGAAGGCAAAAUUCUCGAGUUACCUAUUGACGAUGCCGAUCCAAGCCGGACCGCAAGGGUUGACAUGAAAGGAAUUGAUCCGGCCAUAACAACUCACGAACUAAACGUCGAUCCGAUAGUCAAGCCUAUCCGACAGAAGCGACGCAAGCUCGUUCCAGAUAGGUCAAAGGCUGUAAACGAAGAGGUCAACCGGUUGCUCGGCGCUGGUUCAAUUGCUGAGGUGCACUACCCUGAGUGGUUAGCAAAUCCAGUAGUCGUCAAACAGAAGAACGGGAAGUGGCGCGUCUGCGUCGACUUCACAGACUUGAAUAAAGCCUGCCCAAAGGACAACUAUCCUCUUCCCAACAUCGACCGUUUAGUUGAGUCCACGGCUGGAAACGAGAUGCUCACCUUCAUGGACGCUUUCUCUUGUACAACCAAAUCAUGA